AUGGCGACCGCACGAUACUGUCCAUCAUGUCUCUCCUCCAUCUCGCGAUCAGCAAUAUCACACGUGCGAACACAAACGAUACAAACGCCCUCCUUCCUCCUCCCCUUCCACCAAGUCCGCACAGCAGUCCAAUCCGCCAAUGCACUCAAGUAUAAACGGAAAGGGAAAGAUAUACCCGCGUCGCAGCGAAAAAAGAAAGCAAAGAGCAGCUUCGAUACGCCAGACUUGAGGAAUGCCAUACAGUUCAGCCUGACAGACGCCAUGCGAUACCUCCGCGCCGCCGAGGUAGGCCGUCCACCCACAAGCAGCAAAUACGAACUCCACGUCCGCCUCAAGACACCGAAGAACGGCGCUGUCGUGCGAAACCGCCUGCGACUCCCACAUCCAGUCAAGACAGACCUCCGAAUCUGCGUAAUCGCCCCUCCCGACAGCAGAGAGGCGAAAUCAGCCAAAGACGCCGGCGCCUUUCUCGUCGGCGAAGACGAAAUCUUCGAAGCAGUAAAGGCAGGAACCAUAAACUUCGACCGCUGCAUCUGCCACACCGAUUCACUCCCUAAACUCGCCAAAGCUGGCGUUGCGAGAGUACUUGGGCCGAGGGGUCUUAUGCCGUCCGCGAAGACGGGGACUGUUGUGAAGGAUGUUGGGGCCACCGUGAAAGAUAUGGUGGGUGCGAGUGAGUACAGGGAAAGGGCUGGGGUUGUGAGGAUGGCGGUGGGGCAGCUGGGUUUCACGCCGGAGGAGAUGCAGAGAAAUAUCAGGGCUUUCGUGAAUGGGAUUAGGACGGACAUUGUGGCGUUGCAGGAUCGGAUCAGUAAGGAUAUACAUGAGGUGGUUUUGUCGAGUACGAAUGGGCCUGGUUUGAGCUUGAGUGGAGAGUUUAAAGGGCCUGGGAGUGUUGGGGUGAAGGAGUUGAGUGUGCCGGCGUAG